AAUCGAAAUUAUACAGAUACAAUGAGUUUUGACACAAUCGUCAAUAGCCUAAGCGAAUCGAAAGAGGAGGGAUCUGAUGAGGAUUUCGAUGUGCUGGUCGCCGUUGAGGUCGAGGAUCCAACAGUGAUGCGCAUCGGUGUCAUCGCCGAUACAGAGGUAACCCUGGGCUUAUUUCUGGCUGGCAUUGGCUAUCAUCGUGAGAAUUUUCGCAACUAUCUAAUGGUUGAACCAAGCACUACGCUGGGGGAACUUGAGACAUUUUUCCUUAUUAUGUACAAGGGGGGCAAUAUUGGCAUUAUACUGCUCGACUAUCCGACGUCAAAGCGUUUGGCUCAUGUGUUGGAUAAGUGCAAGAAUAUCCUGCCCAUUAUCAUCAUAUUGCCCACAAAGACAACCAUUAUGCCCUAUAUGGAGGAGAAGGAUCGUCAACGUCGACAGCGUAUGCGAGAAGCUUACACGUAAAAUAUAUUCAUUAAAAAUAAACUCUAGUAUCUGAAUAAUAUAA